AUGCUCAACCUGUACCCGAGGCACCGGCUCCAGGCGAGCUCCGUCGUCGACGGCGGUGACCAGGACAUCGAGGCCGACGGCUACAACCCCUUCUACGGCAUCGCCGUCGUGUGCGUGACCAUCUUCCUCUUCUGCGUGCUCGCCGCGUCCGUCAGCGUCUGGAAGGCGCUCGCCUACGCCGCCCUGGCCGCGCUGCUGCUCGGCGUCGCCGGCUGCUUCGCGCCCAAGGGGUGGUUCCGCCCGAGCGGGCGGGGCGCGAGCGCGGAGCUGGUGGUCGUCACGGUCACGGCGGCGACCGGCCCCGCGGUGCCGGGUCACGCGUGCGCCCUAGUGAACGCGCCGCCGGCGUUCGCGUUCCAGUGCCCGGUCGAGGCGGGCGGCGGUGGAGGUGAGGCGGCCGCCGCGAGCUGCGUGGUGUGCUCGGUGUGCCUGGAGGACGUGCGCGGCGGCGAGAUGGUGCGCCAGGUGCCGGCGUGCAGGCACGUUUUCCACGUGGGGUGCAUCGACAUGUGGCUGCACUCGCACCGGACGUGCCCGAUGUGCCGCUGCGUCGUCUCGCCGCCGGUGGCUAAGGUGACACCGAAAGAUGCUGCGGCAGAGGCGGCGCCGGAGUCGUCUGAUGAUCAUCAUGAGUUGCCGCCGGUGUAA